UAGCCCAUAACCCGAAACCAUGCCAAACGACCCCAAAGCCAUGAAGGUGAGAGUGGAGAGCUCAAGGCUCGUCAAGCCCUCCUACGAAGGGCACCCUCCCCCAACCACUCUCCGCGUCCCCUUAAGCGUCUUCGACAAGGUCACCUACAACACCCACAUUGCCGUCAUCUACGCCUUCCGGCCGCCGACCCCUUGCAACUCUACGGUGGAGAAGGGCCUCUCCAUGGUGCUCUCCGAGUACCGGGAGUGGGCCGGAAGGCUUGGCAAAGACCCUAAAGGCAACCCGGUUAUCCUCCUCAACGAUGAAGGCGUCCGCUUCAUCGAGGCAUCGGCGGAAACCACCCUUGACAAGGCCAUGCCCUUCAAGCCCUCAGCGGCGUUACUAAGCUUUCACCCGAGCCUCCACGGCGUGGCAGAGCUGGUCCAGGUCCAGCUGACACGGUUUACUUGCGGCUCCCUGAUGGUGGGAUUCACGGCGCACCACCUGGUCGCCGACGGCCACGCCACCAGCAACUUCUUGGUUGCAUGGGGCCGUUCGUCGCGCGGUCUCGCCAUCGAUCCGCUCCCCUUGCACGACCGUACCACAUUCUUCGUCCCUCGCAGCCCUCCGAAGCUCGAGUUCAAGCACCGGGGAGUGGAGUUCACGAGCAAGAACAAGUUCGACAAAGGUAAGGAAGAUCCCUUAAAGGAUGACAUAGUUGUUUCCAAGGUGCACUUCACCAAGGAGUUCCUAAACAAGCUCAAGGCCCAGGCUUCGCUGGGGUCUAAAUCCAAUAGGCCCCACACCACGUUUGAAAGCCUGGUGGCUCACCUGUGGAGGGUAGUGACAAAGGCUCGGGGCCUAGAUGGUUGCGAGACCACCCAGGUAAGGAUAUCAGUGAACGGGCGCACGAGGUUAAGCCCUCGAGUGCCCAAUGAGUACUUUGGCAACUUGGUUCUGUGGGCGUUUCCUCGGGCGAAGGUGGCAGAGCUGAUCAGCCAGCCAUUGCAGUUCGCGGCGGAGCUCAUCCACGACGAGGUGGCGAAGGUGAACGACGGAUAUUUUCGAUCGUUUAUAGAUUUUGCGAGCUCCGGCGUGGUGCAGUCGGAGAAUUUAUCGCCGACGGCAGACAUGGGGAAGUCGGUGCUGUGUCCAGACCUGGAGGUGGAUAGCUGGCUUCGGUUCCCAUUCUAUGAUCUGGAUUUUGGUGGGGGGAGCCCACCGUACUACUUCAUGCCCAGCUACUUCCCCGUGGAAGGCAUGCUGUUCAUCCUGCCAUCGUCGAUGGGAGAUAGCAGCAUUGAUGCCUUCGUGCCUUUGUUUUGUCACAAUGUCGACGCUUUCAAACAUAAUUGCUACUCCUUGGUCUUAGCUUGAAGCGUCUCGCAUGUCGAUCAUUAUAAUAUUUUCUCAAUAAUUGCUUCUCUUAUUAAAAAGAAACAAAAACUCUACCUUCUACGUCCACGCAUUGACUUGCCCGUGGAGGGCUGCAUGCCAAUCUACCAUGUUACGUGUAUUUGAGAAAUGAGAUUGUUUUCCUUUUC